AUGGACGGCUACCAGGAAUUCCUGCUAACUGUCCGGAGGGACAUAAACUGUCUCACAGACAACGACAGAGCAGUCAGACGAGGAGCCGUCGUCAAGCUGGACAAGGUGCUGCUGAGCAGCAGCAAAGCUCCACAGGAGUAUGUCAGAAGAGUCUUUCUGGAAGAGCUUCACAAGCCUCUUUUCAGAAUGUUCGCCGAUCAGGGCGAGAAGUGCCGCGAAGUUUCGUUGUCUAUGACGCAUCGCUUUGCAGAUCUCCUGCCCGUAGAAGACUUGGAGAACGUCCUCCCGUUGCUGCUGGCAGCUCUUCUGGGCAGGUUUCGAAGUCACCCGUUCCCGGAGCAGAGCGAAGAGUUGCGCCUCGAGGCGCUUAGACUGCUGAGCCACCUCUUCGACCUUUGCAAGGAGCGUCUCAGCCCGUAUGCAUCUGAUGUCCUGGACGCGCUGUCGAAGGCUUUGACAGACACAUGCCCUGACGCGAAGAAAGAGUGCUGCGAGAUCACCAAGAAGGUGAGCCAGUAUUUUGAGGCAGAGCGAGUCAGCCGUGCGUGCGGCCCCCUCGUAGGGUCGCUACUGGGAAAUCUGAAGCACCAGCAGUGGAAGGUGAGAAGAGCCACUCUGGAGAGCAUUGGGGCCCUUCUCCUGCAAGAAGCGCCCAUGAUGGACCACAUGGAGGAUAUCCUCCCACAUCUCAAUGCCCUCCUGGGCGACAGGACUUCUGGCGUCCGACAAAGCCUGGCAGAAACCUUGGAAAGGUGGCUGCUGAAGGGUUUGAGCUUUCGGGCUCCCUUGGUCAGCAACUUGAACGACGACGGGCCUGAGGGCUUCGACAAGUUCGAGUCGCGGCUGCUCCUUCUCCUACUAGGUGUCUCGUCGGAUGAGGAGGCUGAGCAGGUAGGUGCUGUCGCCCUCGGUGGCCUCGAGCGCGUAGCCGCUCUCAAGCACGAGGUGCUGCUGAAGCGUGCACAGAGAGAACGAGAACGGGAGGAGGCAAAGCAAAAAGCAAAGGAAGCCAGAGAGAGCAAGGCUGGCUACAGCGAGGAUCCAGACAGCACACCUGCCCAGGAGGAGACAGCCAAUCAGAAGUGCAAAGAUCCCGAGGUUGUGCCUUCGUUUGACUACACCUCAGUGCUGCCGCUCCUGCCACAGCCCUUUGCAGCUGGACGGCUGCCGGCAGCAUUGACCACCACUUAUGUAAGAUACCAUCUGGCGAGCAUCCUUCCUCAGGUGCUGGCCAACCUGACGCAGUGGACGACAGACAUCCGAGAAGCAGCGGCAAGACUAUUGCAAGUGUUGCUGGUCAUCGCCAACAAGCAGAUUGCGCCUUUUAUGGAUGCAGUGCUGGUGCACUUGUACAAGGCCCAGGCCGACGAUGACCAGAAGGUCGUCAAAGCGGCGCUUCUGUGCGCGAGCAUGGUUGGCGUCUUCCUUGAUGCAGAGCUGGUCCUUGAAGUGGUUGGUCGACACCUCGGCCUCAAACACGAAGGCGGGCACCGAAAGGGCACGUCAUUUGACGAACUGUGGCCGCAAGACAAGCAAGGUCGCCAGACUACGCGAACGGUGCAGGACGUCCUAUCAGGAGUCAAGAACUUUGCCGCCAUGACUGCUGAGUCGCGGCGGCAGGUUUUCAUGGUGCUCGCGAAGUUGAUACACCCAUGCAUUGGCCCUGAUGAUUUCUGCCGUCGCCUGAAGCCCACGGAAGUCAAGCUGGCACUUCGCUUCUUGGAGGAGGGCAUUCACAGCGAGUUGCUGACAUCUGUGCUCGGCGCCACGGAAUCCUUGCUGAAAGCAGGCAGGGAGGCGUGUGUGGAAGACUGGCCACGUAUUUUCGACUUGCUGCUGCGGAUGAAGAGCAGCGAGGAGUGCAACGCCCAAGUUGUGGAUGCCAACAUUGAGCACCUGUCGCAGCUCCUGGGCAGGUCUCAGAGGCAGCUGUACGAGGAGCACCUCAGGACGCGGCUGGCCGACCUGCUGCAAGGUGGAGAGGCAGUCUUAUGGGAGGAAACCAGUCCCAACCGGCAUGUCCUUGAGACCCUGCUCAGAAAUGCUGGCCCAGCGGUUGCGGAUCAUGUUGGGAGGCUGGUGCCGGUUCUCUCUCGUCAGGCAAGCCCCGAGGAUGCCAGUGCGACAGCUCGGGUGGACCUCCUGGGAUUGGUCCACUUCCUCGUCAACGAGGAGGAUGAGUCCCUGGCCAGCGCCCUCAAGGCGAACUCGCUGCCAUUGCUGGAUGGCGUUCUGCUGCCAAACUGCUCGUGGAGGCCGGGGCAGUCGAACGGGAAAAUCCGAAGAGGUGCCAUGGUUUGCGUUCACUCACUUUUGAGACGGCACUUGGUGCCCUCCGCAGUUCUCAACGAGGUUUUUGUUGACCUGAUGCCAAUCCUCAAGAGCUGCCUCGAUGAUAGCUGGUCGCCGGACAACCGCAUGGUCGCCUGCCUGGUGCUUUCAUGCACCCUGGCCGACUUACAGGCUGAGAUUAACGGGGAGCAGCUGCGCGAGGUCUACCCGGAACUGCUGAAGCGGUUGGAUGACUCAAACGACAAGAUCAGGGUUGCCGUUUGUGAGGCACUGGAUGUGUUCUUCAAGUGCCUGCCGCAGAACUGGAGCCGCACGUUGUACGAGUACAUCCUCCGCAACCUCUUCGUUCACCUGGAUGAUCCCAAUCCAGAGAUUCAGCAGGGCAUCUAUGCGGUGCUUCAGUCGGCUGCGCCCCAGGAUACGGCAACCUUCCUCAAGGAAGCUCAAACUGCCUCUGCCAAAAGUGCCCACCCACGCCUGUGCGAAGAGCUGGUCCGGCUGGCUGAGAGCAUCAAGCACGAGGGUGGUGGUGCUGACUGA